ACCUAAAUCCUUUUCACUGACCGACUGACACUAUCUUGUCAUGCACAGCGCAUUACAUUUGCAUGUCCUGAUAGUGUGACCUGCACCACGUUGCACGUAUCUGUGCACGUUGAUAUAGAUAGGUAUAAGUAUGUCAAACCUGAUACAGUCUGACCAUCAAUGAUCAAUAUCUUUAUAAAGACACACUACAGCAUCAGUAAGCUGUAGGAGGCGUUACAGCGCUUCACACACAGGCGUUCUUUGCAUAUUAUACCGCUAAUACCAGCUGUUUCUCGCACAGUAUCGGAGAUCUGUUCACAACAAUGGCGUGUCGCGGAAUAGCAGUAUUGGCUGUGUUGCUGUGGGCUACAACGAGCACCUCUUCUUCAUCUCCACAGCGCCCCAACAUUGUGUUCAUCGUAGCUGACGACCUAGGCUGGAAUGACGUUGGCUUUAGGAACCCUGACAUCCUCUCCCCAAACAUAGACAAGCUGGCCAGAGAAGGGGUCAUCCUCAACAGUUCCUACGUCCAGCCUGUCUGUAGUCCAUCUCGCAAUGCUUUCAUGACAGGUGUAUAUCCUUUCAAAGUGGGUCUUCAGCACAUAGUCAUCUGGCAGUGGCAAAACGUCUGUUCCCCUUUGAACCACACCUUUCUGCCUCAAGUGUUGAAAGGCCUGGGCUAUGCAACUCACAUCGUGGGCAAAUGGCAUCUCGGCUUCUGCAACUGGGACUGCACGCCCACCUUCCGAGGCUUCGAUAGCUUCUUCGGCUACUACAACUCUCGCGAGGACUACUACAGCCAUAAACUGUCAGGAUAUUUGGACUUCCGGGAUGACCAGAAAGCUGCGUGGCAGUACGAAGGCCAGUAUUCUGCGAACCUGUACUCCCAGAAGAUUGUCAGUGUUAUUGAAAAACAUGACAAGAGCCGACCAUUGUUCCUCUAUCUGCCGUUCCAGUCUGUGCACUCUCCAACACAGGCUCCGGAACGCUAUGUUAAUCUGUACAAGAAUGUUAACAACGAAGGAAGGCGGGUUUUCAGCGGAAUGGUCUCUGCUCUCGAUGAAGCGAUUGGCAACGUAACCGCUGCUCUCAAACAAACCGGUCUCUAUGACAACACACUGUUUCUCUUGACGACGGAUAAUGGAGCCGAGAUCUUCAGCCACGGCAACAACUGGCCCCUGAGAGGGGGGAAACAUUCCAUCUGGGAGGGGGGCACGAGGGGCACGGCGUUCCUACACGGGGCGGGGCUCAAGAAGACUGGCUACACCUAUAACGGAAUGAUCCAUGCAGUGGACUGGAUGCCGACUCUCAUCUCUGCUGCAGGGGGGACCCCAGUAAAGGGUAUCGAUGGGAUUGAUCAGUGGCAAGCUGUUAGCACAGGAGGACCCUCAAAGAGGUCAGAGUUCAUCUACAAUCUAGACGACUACGUCAUACCACUACAAGGGCAAGCAGGCAUAAGGAUGGGGGACUAUAAGCUGUUGCUGGGAUACCCCGGAACUCAGGAUGGAUGGCAUCGUCCCAUGAACAACACCAAGGAUGACAUAUACGAGAAGCACCUGUACGACCCUCAGGGAAAGGAGACACACUUGUUCAACCUCAAAGAUGAUCCCCUGGAAAAACAUGAUCUUGCAGAAGCCAUGCCAGAAAUGGUUGCUAAGCUACGAGAGCGCCUUCUUGAAUAUAAGAGACAUAUGGUUCCAGCCAACUACCCUGACCACCCUGACCCAAAAGGGGACCCCAAGAGAUACAACAACACAUGGACGCCAGGGUGGUGCUGACGUCAUGGGGAGUGCUGUGAACGUCAUCGUCAUUGUACUGAUCAGUCGUGGGAACUAACGCGAUGUGCGUGCACUGUACAGUCAAUGUUUCACUACACUAGUAACUACUAGAAAAGAAGGUCGCCAUGCAACAAAAAUACAUUACAUCUGUCUAUACAUUUGUACAGAGUUCACAAAUGUAUUUGGCUUGACCGUUUUCAUUUUUAUAAUGCUUUGCGCUUGUCAUUUUUUAUGGCUUCUUGUGUUUAAAUGAUGAGCUAAUACCGAUGAAGCCAAGAUGCAAAUUGUGUUUUUUUAUGCUGUGAAUAAAUAUUUCUAUUA